AUGCAAGCCGUCCCUAAUGAAGAGGCGUGGGAAAGCAAAUUCAGCGCACUUCCUUUUUUUAAUAGUAAAGAGCAACUUGUCCAAGGAAGAGAACUGUAUAAGCGCUAUCUGAAAGAUUACCCUACCGCUGUGAAUCGCUGGUGCGAGUAUAUCGACUUGGAAAUGAAGUACGGGAAUAACCGAGAAGUUGAGAACAUCUUCAGACUGUGCUUGUUACAACUUCCGGACGUCGAUAUAGUCGAGAGGUAUAUCAAUUACAUCUUGAAGAACUUUGACGACGAAGACCCGACACUCACUAUCGGGGAUUUGGAGAAGGGGCAGUUUAAAAAGAUCCAAGAGAGCGCGUUCCUGCUUGCGAUACAGUUAGUUGGGCUCGACAUAAACGCGAUGCCGAUAUACAGAAAGUUCAUCAACUUCUUGAGCCAAACUGAGUAUGGAAGAGUUCUGAAUCGACAGCUCUACUUCAACAUUAAUAGAAUUCCGAUGACGGACCGUGCAGAUGCGUUAGCAAAGUACGACGAAUUCUUGACGGACGAACAAGUCAAAAAGGACGAAAAGAUGAUAUCUGAAGCGACAAAGACAAGCCACGUCCGACUGACAUCGUAUCUCUCGAAAAUGGAUAAAUUGAGGAAGAAACAUGCGGUGGAGUAUGGGACAAAUGUUGUCUCGUUGGGGACGAAAGAGGUGUUAAGUAGUUAUGUCGACGUUUUGGACUACGAGACUACCCUCGACGGACAACCCCGAGCCGAAGAAAGGAGUUACACGUCGAAUGGGAAGGAGUUGAAGUAUGAAGUGUGUCCGAAGUCGCUUGAGAUGAAAGCACAACAGGAGCGAAUCUUUUAUAUGAUGAAUAAGAUGUUGAUGGUCUUCUACCGCUAUCCACAAGCUUGGAUAGUGUGCGCACAAUAUUUCCAAAGAAGAGGAAACAUCGAUUUAGCUAUCAACAUACUGAGGAGAGGAAGAAAUGCGGUCGACUGUCCUUUACUGAAGUUAUAUGAAAGCUUCUGUUAUCUCAUUUCGGGGAGAGAGAGAGAAGGACUUGACUUAUUGAGCAACGAAAGUGACUUGGAACAGAUAUAUAAGUUGAAGAUGGCAGGAAGGUGUCUUGGAAUGAAGACGUUCAGGAAAGUACUGUUAGGGAUGAAAGGAGAACUGAAACCUUACGCUUAUAUUGCUGCUGCUGAAGUCGAAUUUUGCUUCUUCCGAAGGAAAACUGCGGCGUUGAACAUCUUUAAGGAGGCACUGAAAAAGUAUUCUAAAGAUAACAAAGUCAUCAAAGCGUAUUAUAAAUUCCUGGUCGGUAUUACCCCAUCAAGAUUUGUUUCAAAUGCGUUGGUCAGUUACAACGACGUGGAAGUCGAUAAGUUCAUGAGCGAAAUAGUAACCGACACAUUCAAAGGUAUGGAGAUGCCCAAAGACACAAAGGAGAUACUGGAAGCAGAAAAGAAGAUGGAAGAGUGCGGAGAGAAGAGAGACGAACGAUUGAUUUUAGGCAACAAAGAAGCUAACAACGUCGAGUGGAAGAGAAUACACACAGAAGUCAACAAAGACAUUAUCAAGGAGUUCAUAUACAUCUUACCGCCUGCCGAACUUUAUAAGGGCGUUAGAAUCGACGCUGAGAAACUCAUUAAUGUGCUGGGAUCAAUUAUUAACUGA